UGCCUCCGCGGCGCUGCCGGCGCGCCCCGAGGGAGCCGCCGCGCAGCUCGGCCGCGGGACAGCAUGAGCCAGGCGCAGCCCUACGCCCCGCGCAAGGGCAGCUCCCCGGCGCCCGGGGCCCGGCGGAACGACAGCCAGGACUACCUGCUGCUGGACGCGGAGCUGUGCGAGGAGAGCGCCCUGCCGCCCUACGCCUUCUACCCCGUCCGGGGCAACGAGAACAGACUCGCCCUGCGGCGACAGACCAUCCUGCGGGAGAAGGGCAGGAGGCAGGCCAGCCGGGGGCCGGCCUACAUGUUCAAUGACCGCUCCACCAGCCUUUCCCUGGAGGAGGAGCGCUUCCUGGACGCCGCCGAGUAUGGCAACAUACCGGUGGUUCGCAAAAUGCUGGAGGAAUGUCCCUCGCUCAACGUCAACUGCGUGGACUACAUGGGGCAGAACGCCCUGCAGCUGGCGGUGGCCAACGAGCACCUGGAGAUCACCGAGCUGCUGCUGAAGAAGGAGAACCUGGCCCGGGUGGGGGACGCCUUGCUGCUGGCCAUUAGCAAGGGCUACGUUCGGAUAGUGGAGGCCAUCCUGAGCCACCCCGCGUUCGCCGAGGGCAAGAGGCUGGCCCUCAGCCCCAGCCAGUCGGAGCUGCAGCACGACGACUUUUACGCGUACGACGAGGACGGCACGCGGUUCUCGCACGACGUGACGCCCAUCAUCCUGGCGGCUCACUGCCACGAGUACGAGAUCGUGCACACGCUGCUGCGCAAGGGAGCGCGCAUCGACAGGCCGCACGACUACUUCUGCAAGUGCAGCGAGUGCAACCAGAAACAGAAGCAUGACUCUUUCAGCCAUUCUAGGUCCAGGAUCAAUGCCUACAAAGGUCUGGCCAGCCCUGCCUACCUGUCUUUGUCCAGUGAGGACCCGGUCAUGACUGCCUUAGAGCUCAGCAAUGAGCUGGCCGUGCUUGCCAACAUUGAAAAAGAGUUCAAGAAUGAUUACAAGAAGCUGUCUAUGCAAUGCAAAGAUUUUGUAGUUGGACUGCUUGAUUUGUGCAGAAAUACAGAAGAAGUGGAAGCUAUUCUGAAUGGUGAUGUGGAGAUGAGCCAUAAUAAUGGAGAGCAUGGUCGUCCCAGCCUCAGCCGCCUAAAACUCGCCAUCAAGUAUGAAGUUAAAAAAUUUGUAGCACACCCAAACUGCCAGCAGCAGCUCCUCUCUAUCUGGUACGAGAAUCUGUCGGGUUUGCGGCAGCAGACGAUGGCAGUGAAGUUUCUGGUUGUUCUCGCGGUGGCGGUCGGACUGCCCUUCCUCUCCAUGGCCUAUUGGAUUGCUCCUUGCAGUAAGCUGGGGAGGAUAAUGCGUGGCCCAUUCAUGAAGUUUGUAGCCCAUGCAGCUUCUUUCACCAUUUUUCUUGGUCUGCUUGUCAUGAAUGCAGCUGACAGGUUUGAUGGCACCAAACUCCGACCCAAUGAAACAACAGACAACGUAAAACAGCUUUUUAGGAUGAAAACAUCAUGUUUCUCAUGGAUGGAGAUGCUUAUUAUUUCUUGGGUAGUAGGCAUGAUAUGGUCUGAAUGUAAAGAAAUUUGGUCCCAAGGUCCAAAGGAAUACCUGUUUGAGUUAUGGAAUAUGCUUGAUUUUGGUAUGUUAGCAAUUUUUGCAGCAUCAUUUAUAGCAAGGUUUAUGGCGUUUUGGCAUGCAUCCAGAGCCCAGAACAUCGUUGAUGCAAAUAUGAAAGAUCUGACAAGUCCAACACUGGAGCCCAACAUAAAAUACUACACCUUGGCCAGAAUAAACUGGGAUCCGUCUGAUCCUCAGAUCAUUUCUGAAGGGCUGUAUGCGAUUGCAGUGGUGUUGAGUUUCUCACGGAUAGCCUACAUCUUACCAGCUAAUGAAAGCUUUGGGCCACUGCAGAUAUCACUUGGCAGAACCGUGAAAGACAUCUUCAAGUUUAUGGUGAUAUUUAUCAUGGUGUUUGUGGCUUUCAUGAUAGGCAUGUUUAAUCUCUAUUCCUACUAUCUGGGGGCAAAACAAAAUGAAGCGUUCACAACUGUUGAAGAAAGCUUCAAAACAUUGUUCUGGGCUAUAUUUGGACUCUCAGAAGUGAAAUCAGUUGUUAUCAAUUAUAAACACAAAUUUAUUGAAAAUAUUGGUUAUGUUCUCUAUGGAGUCUAUAAUGUUACCAUGGUCAUCGUCUUACUGAACAUGCUUAUCGCAAUGAUCAACAGUUCAUUCCAGGAAAUUGAGGAUGAUGCUGAUGUAGAAUGGAAAUUUGCAAGGGCUAAACUUUGGUUUUCUUACUUUGAAGAAGGGAGAACUCUUCCAGUACCCUUCAACUUAGUGCCAAGCCCAAAAUCUUUGCUGUAUCUCCUAAUCAGAAUCAAAAAAUGUAUUUCGAAACCAUUUUUGUGCCAAAAGAAAAGCUUUCAGGAAGAUGCAGAGAUGAAUAAGCUUGAUCAAAGGAAGCAAUCGAGUAUAAGAAGCUCAGAUGAAAUUCACUUGAACAGUUUAAACAAUCCUCCAAGACAAUACCAGAAAAUAAUGAAGCGUCUUAUUAAAAGAUACGUGUUGAAAGCUCAGAUCGAUAAGGAAAGUGAUGAAGUCAAUGAAGGUGAAUUGAAGGAAAUUAAACAGGACAUCUCAAGUCUCCGGUAUGAACUCCUUGAGGAAAAAUCUCAGAAUUCUGAAGAUCUGGCAGAACUUAUAAGGAAACUUGGGGAAAAACUGUCACUUGACUCUAAGGAAGAAGAAAGCAAGAGAUAACCAAAAUAAGAUAUGCAACAGAAUGUUAACAAUUCACUUAAAGCCAUAUUUCUGUUUUCCUCAAGUCUAGCUCACAUUUCUAAAAAAGAUUCAGAAAUUAAAUUAUUCCAAUUCUGUUGAAAGAACACAGUGGCAAAUCCUCUAGGUCUACAGUAGGGAGACCAUACCACUUCAGUAAAGAUAUUUAUUCUUUACCUGCUAAAGAAUAGUUGAUCUGAGAUAAUUUAAGUACUCAAUUUACUGUCUAGAAUUCCAGUGCAAUGUUGAUGAGCUCAGAAAGAUUAAAAGCAUAGAUCGAAACUUUUCCUAUAUUAACUGUUUGUUUUUUGCAACUUUCCCUUUGUAACCAUUCUUACAUGUAUUUUAGUGAAGCAAAAGAGAAAAGUCCGGGCUUUUAUAUAUAUAUAUAUAUAUAUAUAU